CUGUCCUGUCUGCGAUUCGUCUUAAAGCAGUACACGAUUCUCUGAGGGCAAGAGAUAAUCUCUCUCCUUAACGGACUGGAUCUCCUAGGUAAUGUAUCCGGAGUUGGAGGAAGUCGGUGUAUUGUGUUCAGAAGCUCAGGCAAGUCGUGAAGGUGAAUUAAGAUCCUUGUGCCGUCCGAGAUCACAUGGGAACAGAGUUUGUGAUUGGUUUCCUGGAAGCGAUGAUGCCUGAUGUCAGCCCUCAUAUCUACAUCGUUGGUUCAAGACGGAGCACCUCGGUGGUCAUCUAUACCAAACAAGGCAAUUACACGUUAAACAUCACCCCUUACCAACCAGUCCAGUCAUUGGACCUUAUGAACGCUGCAAUUGCAGGAUCAGAAGCCAUCGUUGUCAAGGCAGACCAUGAGGUGAGCGUGUACGGCAUUGAUAGAGGCAACUCCAUGGAUUCCUUCCUAGCUCUUCCGACGGACGCUCUCGGCUACGAAUAUUAUGUCGUAACCUACGAGUUAGCAACCCGCAUCAAGAGAGACGAUCGUGGCUCCCAGUUCAUGGUGAUCAGUACCGACCAUGAUACCCGCAUCAGGAUAAACUUCCGUCCUAACAACUAUGCUGUCUGCAAUGGACAAAUUAUUUACUCGGGAAGAGAAGUACCACUGACGAAGCUUCAAACUCUCCACUGCCUUGAUCAAGAUUAUGACCUUACCGGUACGCACAUUGUAUCAAAUAAACCCAUUGCCGUCUUGUCAGGAAAUAAAUGUGCCAAUGUGCCGAAGAAUAACCGGUAUUGCGACCACCUCGUUGAGCAGCUUCCACCCGUCAGCAGUUGGGAAAAGGAGUUCAUCACGUCACCCCUGAAAGGAAGGUCACACGGGGAUCGUUUCCGGGUCAUUGCAGCAAGGAACUUGACCGUCGUGAGGACAACGACAACCGAUUCUUACUUCAUACUGAACGCUGGGCAAUUUAGGGAACUGGACGUGGGAUCGAAUUCGAGUACAGCUAUUGUUGCCAACAGUCCCAUCCUUGUCAUGCAGUUUAGUAAAGGAGGAAAUGUAGAUGGAACAGGAGCUGAUCCCUUUAUGAUGCUUGUCCCUGGGAUUGAGCAAUUCGUAAGUGAGGCUCUUAUUCCUUCUAUCUCUGUCGCCAGUGGCCCCGAACUUACUAAUAACAUCAAUAUCGUCAUCGACUGCAAUGCAAAAUCAAGCCUUUUUCAUGGCAUAUUUCACUUCCCGGAGGAUAACUUUUUAAAUGCUUCUCACACGACAGAGGAAAUGCUGAAGAGAAAGUUUUGUAUAAAGCAACACAGUCUUGUGCACAACCCUUCAGGAGUGUACUUCCUGGAAGACAGAUACAGCGGGUACAAUUCGUUUUCUGUUCUGGUGUAUGGGUAUUCAUCAGGUGAGGGCAACGAAGCCUACGGGAUGCCAGCUGGAUUGGUUCUCCGUAACAACUCCUGCGUCCGCCGAACUCCAGCGAGACUAACUUCUACGGUUCCACCAGGGAUAAUGUGUACCACCUAUGGUCCCCAGUUGCAGCAAAUAUCAAGAUCAGAUCACAAUGUAGAUGUUGUAAGUAAUUUCAUAAAUGACCAUACUGUUUCAGGAGUUCAGACGGAACCAACAACUGGACAAAACCUGAAAUCUCCGACACGAGGUGGUAACUACCUUACAGUUGCCAUUAUUAUUGGAAUGUUUUCUUUUGUUAUCAUUACCAUUCUAGCAGUUUACGUGUGUUAUCUGAAAAGGAAGAUUCGGCGACUGGAGGCGGAGCGGAAAACAUUUGGUCAGCUUCAGCUAAGUUCCAUGCUGGUAGGUCCAGAUGGGUAUAUUGAUCUCGAUGGAUCACAGAUAUCACAACGUGAGUACAUGACGCUUAACAACACAGACGGUGUGUGGCGUGUCGGGAAAGUACGACGCGUUGAUCGUGCCAUGUUUCGCAGUCUAAGUGCAACGAACGGGAAAUCAACGUCUCCUGCAAAUCGAUGCAAUGGUCAGUCUGGGAAUGGAGAGGGUAGUUUUAGGGACAGAAUGCUAACAGCGAGUGAAUCGGCACCUCAUGACAUCACUACUACAAGUGGCAUCCGUCGGCAACCUAGUACCAGCGAGUCUUGCGGAGGUAUGAGCCAGGCUAAUGGUUCAACGGCGGCUCUUAUAUCUAUCAGUCGCCAAGGGAGUAUCAGCGAAGAGCCGAAGGUAGAUUCCUUCCCAAUGCUACGGCCACUGGGAAGCAAUCGCGCUAGUACCAAGCACACCAGCAUUCACAUAGACUCUGAAUUGCACCCAGACCUGGUACCAUCAAGACGCCAGCGGAAACAUCUCUGGCGCAGUGUGAGCAACCCGGGUACUAAUCCAUUCUCGGGUGCCCAUGGUGACUUGAAGGUAUACUACGAAGUCCCAAGGAACAAUAGGCCCUUGACUACGGGCAAUGUCAGCAGCAGCAAUAGCAGUACUUCCCAACACUACGACCGUCCCAGGCGGCAAAGGACUAACAGCGAGGAAAUCUCGCCAGCAGCUAGCAUUUUCUUGACUAAUUUUCCGAAUUCGUUGUCAUCUAGGCACGACGAUGGGUAUAUGAGUAUGAAAGAUCCGCGUGCAUCGGUAUCAAGUCAAGCAAGUGGGUCGCAGGUAGGGGAUAUCUCCCAUGCCUCUGCGUCUACUGCAAACAGUAUGAUGGACAAGGCGUAUUCGUCAAUACCCGAUGAAAAUUUUAACAACGCUAACGAUACCGGUGAUACUGACUCGACAGACUAUACAGAGUUGAACUAGAUACCUUUUUCUUUUUUUAAAGAUGUGCAUUGAGGAGGCUGCUGGAAAAAAGCCAUGGCUAUACGGCUUUGUCAAUUUGUACUAUGUAGAAUGUCGUUUUAAUAUUAUAUAUUGUUCUCUUGCGCAUGAAAAUGCAUUUUUUUUAGGGGGGUGAAAGAUUUUGUUGAAUAAACUGCCAUACUGCAUGAUGCGAAUAUCCAUUUUCAUCCUUGAUUCGUGAUGUUACGUCAUGCCUAUUUUAAUUGAUAUUAGGAGGUAUUUGAUCGAGUCCUAACUAUGUCAAAACGUGUGCAAACUAUUUCCAAUACAUUAUGCCUAGAAAGCAGUUCUAUUGGUUUAUUUAGUAAAAUAACAAUACAUCUGUCUUAUCACAUAAAGUUGAAUCGGUGAUUUUUUUUACCCUCGUGGUAUUGUAACUAUUUCAUAUCUUUAUUAGAUGUUGAUACAUUUUUAUUUGAAAAAAAAGUACAUUAUAUACAAUAUCAGGUCAUUCUUAAUUAAGAUAUCACACAAACAAAAACAAAGUGUUUUACUAUUCGUUUAUGACAGAUGUGUAAAAUGAAAUUCUAAGUAAUUACACUAAGUUUCUUGCAAGUCGACUGCGUUACAGCAAAUUAUAAUCAUUUACAGUAAAUGACAGGUCUUGUGAUAGCUUUUAGCCAAUUAUUUGUUUUGGAUCCAUACCGCCAUUCAUGAUAAAAGGUAUGCUGUUCGAGUAUCAUUUAAGACGCCAUGCUUGCAGUACAGCCUCAAUUCGAGCUUGACAUUUAUAAUGGUAGCUUGAAAUGUAAAAAUUGCUUCUCCGCUUUGGUAUUUCAUAUUAUUAUAUUAAUUGAUAAAUCUAUCAUAGAAUUUCGAACGUAGGCCUAAUUACACGUUACACAAUGCUGCAAAUCAUAUUGUUAUUUGUAGCUAUUUUAGCAAUCUGUAGAAGCAAUACACGUUUUGCAAUUGGUGCAAUUUUUGUCAUGUGAUUCAGAUUCUAGAAAAGAAGAAUUGAUGAAAUCACACAUUUUGCAAUAUGGUAUGUAAAUGAUGGCCCCUAAGUGAAGUUACUCAUGAAUUUCGUGCAUUUAUAUUAAUUUUUGCAAAUAGUUGGAAGUGAAUAAUUAAAAGUUGCUAUAGAACUCGUUUAUCGAUUUCCAUUAUCUUCAAUGUUUCAAUUCUGUUGAUCAAUACCCAAUCACUGAUUCAAUAUUUUUCAUGUAAAGACGAUUUAAACCAUAGAAACAUCAUUUAAAUACAUAUGAACAUCACUAAAUAAGAAAUAUGUCAUGAUUUCAUUUUUCAUAAGAAUGAGCACAUCAUCAAGACUAUUUUUGGUUCUACAUAUCACACCAAGUUCAUCAGUAAAAACAUUGACCUACAUGAGGAAAUUAUGUUCUUCCCAUUUCAUUAUGAGGGGGUGGGCCUCCUAAUAAUGACCAUAUUAUUUCCAUUUUAAUGCACACCUAGAUGUAUUUAUUCAAACUGAUUGUAUCUCUGCACUGCAUUAAAGCUGAAAAGCAGGAAAGUCCCUUGUUUAUCCUGAAGUGCCGAUCCACAGGUUUCUGUUGAUAUUAUAGCAAGUGUUAAUCUAGGACUUCUUUCCCAUCAGCCAUACACAAAAUCAUGAUAAUGACAAAGUGGGUUGAAGGUUGCGCUUUAGUUUGGUUUUUAGACUGUCAGGAAGUUCAUAUUUUGAGGAGAUAAAGUGAUCUCGCACCUGAUUUUAUUUUUGUGAACGUGAUAGUGUUUCCGCGGUGUUGUAACUAUAUAAAAAAAAUCUGCUCUGUACCCAUUUUCUCAUUUGACAGCAAUUUGUAUUUUGAAUUGUCAAGAUGUGAAAGAAAAUGUUUUCUGAUUUUGGUGAUAAACUCAACCCAGCUAUAGUGCAUGAAUGCUUAUCAUUACAACAAAACUAGUAGUAAUUUCUGAAUAUACAAUCAUGUAAACUCAACGAAGCAACUCGAGGAGGGGAAGGGCAUUAACGAAGUAUAAAUUACCAUAAGAACAAGUCACAAUAAACAAAAAUAAAAAGUUGGGGUUGUCGAUUCGACAUUUACCAAUUAGAUAUUGUUCGAAUAAUAUUUCAGUCGUACACAAUCGAGUUUCAAAUACAGCGGAUAUAACUUAUGAAUGACCUUUGAUUGUUCUUUAAUGACAAUAAUCGAGAAAGAAAAAAAAUCGAAUCUCGGCAUUCAUCAUGCUUGAAAGAAAUUUAUGAUCCUUUAAUUCUCAACCAAAAAUGGGCGCGGUCAUAGAAUAAGGCUAAAAACUCUUGCAGUAUCUCUAUUUUUGGUUGUUAUGAACCGUGGAUAAAAUACUCGUGUCAAUCUUUUGUCGCAUAAUAUCAUCAUUCCAGACAUGCAGUGUGACAUCCAAACACGCCUGUGAUUGCUUCUUAAGCAUCCUCUCCAAACCGACCUAAUGUAUUUUGAUUUCAUAAAAAAUAGAUUAAUGCAUUAUAAUUAUCAUUAAAUACAAUCCGGUGAAAACAUAAACAAAUGUAACAUUUUCGUCCCAUUCGGAAGGAGCAUACUCACCUUGUGAGGUAUAUAUUGUACUGAUUUAAUGAGAGACUUUUCAGAAAGAUAUCCAUGAAAAUCAUUGACUAGGCCUAUAGCCUAUUGCAAUAGCUAUUUCUUGGCAAUAACCAUGAUAACGUUGAGAAAGAACAGAAACGGCAAAUCAAAAUACUGGGUACUAUUCUAAUUAUCCCACCAAUCUGACCCUUAAAAAAUUGUCGGGUUCAUUUCUGUGCGGCUUUAUAUACCCCCCCAUUCCUGUCGGGAGUACCCCCACGGGGCACGGGGAGUUGUUAUUCAAAACAAUUUCCACUUUUAUCUUUACUUACACUAAACGCGUUUUCAUUUCAUUUUUUUAAACGAAUCUCAUUUUACUUUGUCAUCUCUAAAAAUAAGGGCUUAUUAAGUCAUACUACUAGUAUAUCACAGUUUCGUCUAUGUAUAAUGUAUCUUUAAGAUAAACUAUUUUCCUUACAUCAUCCAUGUAAGUCCGUUUGAAAUAGUGAGUGCGGUAGUGACCGAAAUAAAUGAACUUAUGACCAACUUGCGUCACGAGGUAAAAAACAGUUUCUGUUCAUCAAUGAGUAAUGUUUAUAACGAAACAAGCAUGUGUCUUCUUCAUAAUCUUCCAUCGUACUCGACUCAAUUCGAAACCCUUUACAUUUCUUCCUCAUUCUGAAGAUUAACGAGGAGAUUGUAGAUUCUUACAAACCCACAGACAAAAUUCAUGUACUCAUGAUAAUCUUGAUAAUACAAACACUCUUAAGUUCGUACUGUUGCAAACCCUAGCCACGGGUUUGGACGCAGGUGUGACAUUGGUUUAGGAAAUGGUAAUUUAGGUCGCACUUUUCCAGCAAUAAUGUUUGUUCCUUUUCCUGCAAAUGUUUAUUAUGGUUUUUUUUUCGAAAGCAACCCCACCCGAUGACUAUCGUAUAGAAUCCAUGCUAUUCUUGGAUGAACAGAGAUAUAACAUAUCAUCUGGCAGUAAUGGCCGAUAGGCAGGGGCUUAGGGACGAUUUUUUUUUAAAAGAGGGUGUGCCGCUUUUUUUUUAUUAACAAGCAAAAAGAAAAAAAAAAUUACGAGAAAAAUUAAUUUUCCUUCCAAGAUGAAGAUGAUUUUGGUAAAAUUGUAUACUUCAGCAUACCAUUCUGAUUUCUAGGGGUGCGGCCUAUGAUGAAUGUCAUACGUAACACCCCCAGAAAAAUCGUGUGGGUGCUUCAGCACCCCCGGACCCUCGCUUCCCAGGGCCCUGCCGAUAGGUUCUAUGAUGGAAACUAAGUCGAUAUAUAGCAGAUGGGGCGAUUAAGGAGUGCGUUGAUAUGAAAAGCUGAAUAUAUCAUUCCCCAAAUUUCUCUUUCAUUGGGUUAAUGAUAGUUUUUAGUCAUACUUGUUGAUUUUUUUUAAGUAUCACAAAUGGACCAGAACAUAUAACGUCCCUUUGGCACAUUGUUUUUGACAUCAAUUUUCUGUGAGAACUCGCGUUUGUCUUUCUGUGUCUCGUGUUAAGUCUCAGUUGUCAUUUGUUAAGUUAUUCAUUUUUACAGUUUAGGACAUCGGGCAAUUGUAGAUUGUAAAAUAAAUCCUGUAUAGGAUAGGAAAUCCAGCCAUGGGCUAUCUAAUCGCGUUUUCACUCUCAUUUACUUGUUUCAUUAUGCAGAUCAUUACGUAAAUCAAUCAUGACCUAUGUCAAUUCGAAUUUUUUUAAAAGAGUAUGUGUAAUAUGUUAUGUUACCCAAACUGGAUUUGGGUAUCAGACUCUCGAAUAUUCUGUCUCGUCAAUUUUGUAGUAUGGAGUAUAUUGAAAAAGUUAAAUAUAAUAUAAUUUGGAUUAUCAAGUAAUAUAUUGAGUACUUUAAUGUGUAAAGUAUUUGGUUGUUUCAAAAGAAAAGUUUAAUUCGCUCAUAUACUCUUGGCAUGUACAUGAUAAUUUGAUUACAGUUUGUAAAUAUAUUUUGUUGCCACGUACAGU